UUCAAUCCAUUCCUCCAACUCUGCCAUCGACCCCGCCUCACUGGUUGACACAAGAGUAAGAGGAAGUGGGGAAAAUGGGGGCGCCAUUUUGAAAGUGGAAGGAACCAGGCUUGCUAAACUUCCUGCCCCGCCAGGGGAGGCCCCGCAGGCGCCGCUAAAGAAAAGGGGGAGGCCAGCAGGAGCCACACUUCGAAUCAGUGCUCAGAAGUGCUCAGAAGCUGCGGAUUGCAUGUUAAAGAGCCAUUGUGGCUCCUGAGCCCACUGAAUAUCACUGCACUACUGCAUUUUUUAAAACUUGAACUUAAUUGAGAACUGAGGCCAUCUAGUGGAAAGAAUGAAAAUAAAGGCUGGAAAACUGGCACCAAUUGGAGAAACAGCUGCUAGUUGUCUCACAGAAAUCUUACCCCGACCUCUUACUCCACCUGUUGUUAAAAAGUUUCGAAACACCAGCAAUCCACCUCUGGGGGGAGAAAGAGUAUUUUAUGGUCGAGCAAACGACCCUGAUACUGCAUCUCGUUUGAUACAUGGUAUAAAAACCGUGCCCUCAAUAAAGGCAGCCUUACUGGCAAAUCCACCUCCCAUAACAAGCUUUCAACAAAAACUGAAAGAGAAGAAAGAAUAUAUUUAUUGGAGCAAUCGUGAAGCACCCCUUGGGAAGUGCCAUGAUCUGGCAUCAAGAUUACCUAAAGGACUGGAUUUGACUAACACUACAUUUGGAGUAGCAACCAUCAGAGAGGGGCCUGGUGGAGAAGUUAUAAAUCCACCAAAGACAUUUGAAGAAGUCAAUAAAGAAGCACUCAACGGGCAUGAAUUGUAUAUUGCAUCUCACAAUGAUUAUUUUGUUGGGGAGCCAAUUAAUAGAAAAUAUGACCCAUCGACAUUCCAUAGGUUUAAUCUUUAUGGGAAAGAAACACCACAUUUUAAUGAUGGACGAAAUUUAGCCAGAACUCUACGCUGGCUCCAUGAGAUGCAGAUGAAGAAGUCAGCAAAAAUUGUGUCCAAAAUAAGUGAUGAUUUCAAAGAAAAAUUUCAGCCUCAGCUUGGAAAAGUCCUUGAUCCCAUAGCAGAUACGCUUAAUGUCCCUCCAGACCACACAUUUGGGAUACGCAUAAAGCCCGAUGAUCAUGGUGUGGGGGACCUUCUUCAUUAUCGGCUUCCUAGUGAAUACCUACGAGGGAAAGACAGAGAACGGGCUGUUUUUACUGCAAUACGACAGAAUUUGAAGAAGGCUAAUUACCACAACUUUGAAACAUUAUUAGAAGCAUUUAGGCACUAUGACAAGGAUGGUGAUGGAAAAAUAAGCAAAGAUGACUUGAACAAGGCCUGCUUUCAGCUUAAUAUUGACUUGGAUGCAGAGCUUCUGGAUGCUUUAUUUGAUUUCUGUGAUUUGGAUAAAGAUGGAUUUAUUGACUAUCUGGAGUUUGUUAACUUCCUCAAUUGGAAAGAUAAAAUGUCUCUUGGCGAGUAUGAAAAAAACAUAAUUACAAAAGGGAAAAGAAGAGCUCCCUUUGACCUCAUUCCCCCUGAAGGUACAGAAGACAAAACAGAUGAAAAUGCUAUUCUAAAGCCUGAAAACAUAGUACUAAAGGAACCAGGAAGUUCAGAAUUGACACCCAGAACACUUUCAAGACCAACAGAUCGUGUGUUUUCUGAUUAUCGUACAACUUCUUCUCAAUAUAAUGCAGUCAUAGGAGGCAUUCCUUCAAAAUUUUUCCCAUUAUAUGGGGUUCCAACUGUUCGUGCAGAUAUCCCUGCACCUCGCUUCCGACGCAUCAGUGACAUCACUAAUUAUGGAGAUCAAGCCAGUGCAUAUGCAUUAUUACAUCCCUCUAUCUAUAACCAUAAAGGAGUAUAUGAGGCAGACUUCUUCAAGACAAGACCAAAAGAAGAGAUUGCACAGAUUCUGCGCAACAUUGGUGUGAAUAUUUCAGAUGAAAGUUUUGAUGAAGUAUGGCGGCAAGCCUGCCUGAAAGAUCACCGAGGAGAGGCUUGUGUGGAAUCUGUCCGAAAUGUACUGGAUGAGAUGCAAGCAUCACACAUAAAAAGCAGAGGAUGAGUUCCCUGAGAUAUUUAUUUUAUUUACACACUUGCUGUAUGCAAUGGAGAUUGUCUAAUUUUUUACUUUGUUUACAAAACAGAGAAAGAACAUGUUCAGUUAUAGAAAAUAAAUUUUAAAAACCCCAACCUAAUUAGUUUUUGAAGGCAAAUAAAACAUUCAAAAUGAGAAA